AUGAUUGUUGGAACUUUAAACAUUAGAGAGGGAUGUAGCACGGUGAAGAAAAGGCGUAUACAUCAAAUUAUCACCAAGGGGGAGGCAGACAUUUUUCUGAUGCAGGAGACGAAACUCAGAAUUUGCUCAGUGGCAACGGCUCGUAGUGUUUGGCGUCAGGACAAAGUCGAUUUUUCUGCGUCUAAUUCCGAAGGUAUGUCUAGUGGUCUUAUCACUCUAUGGAAUGCUAGGAUUAUGGAGGUGCUUUUUAGUUUUAGAGGUCCGGGUUAUCUUGGCAUCAAGGUUAGGUGGAUGAAUAGGAUAUACUAUGUAUGUAAUGUUUACUCUGCCUGUACCUUAACUCUGAAGCGAGUACUAUGGAAUAAAUUGCUAGAAUUGCAAUCUAGUUUCUGUGAUGGAGGGGAGAGGAUGGGGAGUUCUAUUGGGGGCGGUUUAGCCGGAUGGGGGGAGUUUUCUUGCUUCAUAAAUGACAAUGGAUUGAUAGACGUUCCUUGCAAAUGGAAGAAAUACAGUUGGUUUAGUGGAGACAGUAAACAUAAAAGCCGUAUCGAUCAGUUUCUUGUGUUUAACAACAUUAUCAACAGGUGGGGAAUAGUGGGACAACUUAUCGGUUUGAGAGACAUUUCCGAUCAUUGUCCCGUGUGGCUAGUGGUGGUUAAAGAGGAUUGGGCCCGAAGCCUUUCAAAUUCAAUAAUGAGUGGUUUCAACAUAAGGAUUUCAUGA